AUGCACCUCCCUCUCGCCCUCGUCGUCACACUCGCUACUUCAACUCUUGCCAUCCCAGCCCCCACACCUGUACCCACACCUGACUCAUCCUCCCCCCGCGCCGCCUUACGAGGCAGUGCACGAAACGUCUACCUCACAACCUGCACCACGCGCUCCCUCUCCGCCGACAGCACCUCUUCGUCCGCCAUCCUCUACAACAGCGGCGACACUUCGUCUUCCAACCCUUCCGACGUCGGCACUGUGUUGUCUGAGAGUGCUAUCCAAUGGGCGGGUUAUACGCGACGCGUGCCGCUAGGCUCCGGCAUCUUUGAGAGCAAGAUUGACAAGGGGGCUGAGACGCUGGAGAAGAGUCAGAUUGCGGGGUCGGCGAAGCUGAGACGUGAGCAGUUUGUUUGUUUUAGGGAUGGGGUGAAUGGGGCAAGAGUUGGCAAUCUCGAAGAGCUUGCUCGACAAGUGGAUCUCGCGAAGGGACACUUGCCAAUUUCGGAUUCUGCUCCCAACAUCCAAUUCCAAAUCCCAGCCAUCAACUUCUUCUUCAUGAGUGUCUACUCGGAGUACUUGGCGAAAUCAACGAACGAUGUCGGAGAAAGAUAUUCCGCCAGGGCGUCCCUAAGGCGUCCAAAGACCAACCCCACUACUAAGACUGUCCCCUACAUAGCUACCAUUGACAAUCACUAUGUUUCCGCAGUCAUUCAUGAAGGCUAUGCGAAAGCCGCCAUGGCGCAGAAUGACACGGAGCUUGCAGCGUUUGCCGCUGGUGAAGUUUCUUCAAUCGUCUCGGCCAACGGCACCCUCAAGGGCUGGAACUCGACCUUCUACACGCUCGACGACAUCCGAAUUGGCAACAACCUCCUCCACGUGUGGAACUCAGAAGGUCGCAAGGACAACAAGUAUGUCAUCGCGGCCAAGGGUCUUCGCGAGCAGCUGAACCGAUGGCCGCGCACUCCUGAGGGAGGUUUCUGGCACCGGGCGCCCACAUACGAGAACCAGAUGUGGCUAGACGGUCUCUACAUGGCCGAUACCUUUUAUGCGACCUACACAUCCUACUUUGAGCCAGAAAACACCACAGCCUGGAACGAAAUCGAGUUGCAAUUCGACCAGAUCGAGGAGCACUGCCGGAACAAGACAUCCAACCUCCUCAAGCACGGCUUCAGCUCGGACAAGUCGACUGUUUGGGCUGACCCAAUUACUGGGGCCUCGCCCUACGUUUGGGAUCGCGCCCUCGGGUGGUACUUUGUAGCGCUCGUAGAGGUGCUGGAAGUGUGGCCUAAGACGCACGCCGGCUACUCCAAGCUCCUCAACUACUACACCACACUCGCCUCUGGUAUCAAGGAUGUCCAAGACAUAAGCGGUGGAUGGUGGUUGCUGAUGGAUGAACAACUUGCUGGGCUGACGGGAAACUACAUUGAAUCGAGCGCGACUGCUCUAUUCACCUACUCAUACUUGAAGGGUGUUAGGCUGGGAUUGCUGGAGCAAGCGUACCAGGACACAGCGGUCAAGGCGUGGGACCUUCUGUUGGAUGAAUUCAUCCAGUACGAGCAGAAUGGCACACUCAGCUUCACCGGUACUGUCACGGUUGGAAGCUUGAAGGGCGAUGCGUCGUACGAGUACUACACCACCGUUCCGCUGCUGGUGAACGAUGGCAAGGGUGCCGGGCCAUUUAUGUAUGCUGCGUCGGAGAUUGAGUUGGCUUGUUUGGAUUAGACAUAGAGUACAUCUAGGCGAUUGUAAAUAGUAAAGAAGUCCUAGAUAAAA